AUUUGGCGACGUGUUUUGCUGCGUUGAAACAUGUGCUUUUGCGACACGUCUCGCUUCGUCUGACAUGGCGUACUGUUGCGUGCCUUUGUGCAAGUCGGAUGAAAAAAAGAAGACUCCGGGACUAUCGUUUCAUGAAUUUCCAUCAGACUUGGCAUUGAGGGAGAAGUGGAUUGCUGCAGUUCGACGCGAUGGUUGGAAACCGAACGACAGGUCGUGCUACACAAAGGUUUGCAGCCGGCACUUCAAGAAGGAAGAUUUCAUUGAAGGCAAAAGACGUCGACUGAAGAAAGGUAGUGUACCUUCCGUUUUUGAUGACUUCCCUCAUCAUUUGCAAUCGAAGGCAACACGAGACAGGAGCACAGCAAGCAUAGAGAAACGAGCCCAGUUUACGUGUUCGCUGUCGACGAAUGCUUCGGCCGCCACCGCAUCAACCUCUGCCUUGCUACCGUCCGUAACUUCGGCCGAACCACCUACUGAGGAAGGUGCUCUAAUGGACACAACACCUGUCAGUGAACCCGCGGACCACUGUGAUGUGAAGAGUAAUAUGAGCAAUCGAGGCGUCCAGGUCGACUGCAGAGCACCAACAAGUCUACUGACAACAGAAAGAGCGAAGUGGAAAAGAAAAGAGAAAGACCUAAGAAGCCAAAUUUUGCGACUGACACAGACAGUAGAUAAGUACAAGCAGCUGCUAAAGGAGCUUAAGGAGGAUUCGCUCGCUACAGAUCUUUCUUACAUACGGCAGAAAGCAACGGAAAAUGAGUCUUCUGCUUUAAUUUUGCUUGAUCAGGUGAGAAAUUUUAGGAAGAAACGACCAACAUGGUCUGAAGAAACGACCCGUCAAUGUGUUGUGCUGAGACACCUUUCUACAAGAGCGUAUGAACACAUGCGGGGCCAUGGAAUUUUCAAACUUCCUGGCAGAAAGACACUGUCCGCAUACAUUGGAAUACAGAACAGCGAAACAGGCUUCACAGAACUUGUUGAAGCUCGCCUCAAAGCAGAGCUUGAAAAUCUCAAGGUGCCUCAGUCAAGAAUGUGUUCUCUCAUCAUUGACGAGAUGCGUAUUAAAGAGAAGCUGCAGUACAAUAAGCAGCAAGACUGUUUUGUGGGGCAGGCAGACAUGAGCUCGCCGAAUGCUAGCAGUGACCUUGUGUUAGCGAACUCCCUUUUGUGUUUUGUGAUCAGUGGACUUUCAUCCUCGUACAGGAUUCCUGUUGGUUACUUCUUUACAAAGGGUUUAACUGGUGCGCAGCUUCAUGCGCUUACGGUCUUCAUAAUGAAGAAAGUUGAGUCUUGUGGUUUUCAUAUUAUCAGACUUUCCACUGACAACCACAAGGUAAAUGUACAAGCCAUGAGACUUCUAGGGAACGGCAUCGUUACCUACAGAACUGACCAUCCAUGUGACCCGGAUAGGCCACUGUUCAUGAGCUUUGACCCCUGCCAUGUGCUAAAAAAUGUGCGGUCCCAAUUUUUGGCACACAACAUCGGACCCAAAGGAGAAAUUUCAGCGUCAUAUCUGAAAGAUGUGUAUGAGCUCCAGAAGAACUUGAUUGUGAAGCCGGUGCGUUACCUCAGUCGGAAACAUGUUUUUCCUAAUAACAUAGAAAAAAUGAAUGUGGUGAGGGCUAUUCAACUGAUAUCUCCUGCGGUAACGGCUGUUUUGCAACAUCUUCAGGAACAAGCUGGUCACACUUGUCAUAUUUCAUUCGCAAGUGCAGGCCCGACCAUCACUUUUAUGGAGAACUUCUAUCGCUGGUUUGUUCUCCACGACACCAGUAAUACAGUUCAACAUCUGCGCCAGAGGUUCCCAGAUGUUAAGCAGUACGACAGCACAGAAGAUGCCCGGCUUGAGUGGCUAGAGGUCACAAUGCCAAUGUAUCUGCAUGAACUGAAAACAAGGUGCACCCAUCCUCGUGAGUUUCUGACAAAGGAGACAUACGAGGCAUUCUUGACCACUACGUACAGCACUGUGGCUUGCAUAAAACACCUGUUGAGGGCUGACAAAUUUGCAUUUGUAUUGACACGGAAGUUCAACAGUGACCCGAUAGAGUCUCUAUUUGGAACACUGAGAAGGUCAGCUGGGUGCAAUGAUGCACUAGAUGUUCGUGCUGCCCUUUCAGGGCUUCAGAAAGUGCUGAAAAUUGGAAUAGCUGCAUCCAAUCCACUUUCGAAUGUGGCACACAGUGAGCCGGCAGUCAUGUCAAUAACUGUAUCACCUGAGAAGCCAGAAACAUCUGUUAAACCUCAUUCGCAACUGGGAAGAGCUGCUCUGAAUGUUCUUCAAAGACUCAACACUACUGUUUUGCCUCUAUACAUGCCUUCCCUGCAGAUAUCUGCGACCGUAUAUGUUGGUGGCUAUAUUGUCCGCGUCAUCAGUGAGCAGAUAAACUGCGAGAACUGUGUGGCAAUCGCAUCCAAGCCACUAACAAAUCAGCCAUUGCAGACGUUCACUCGCAGCCAGGACCGUGGGGGACUUUUAUAUCCCUCUGACCAACUGCUUUUUGUCCUGGACAUCUUGCGUGUUUUCUCUGAGCAAGCCCUGAAGGAAAAUCCAGCUCUUCCGAGACCCCUGACUAGCUUGGUGGCACACGCUGUUCCAGCUCUGUGUGCCUCAAAGUUGCUGCAAUGUAAAGAGAAUGACAUGAUGCACCGACAGAAGCUGAUGGAACUUAUUGCAGUGCGUUUUGUGAGGCCUCUCCUUGCAAACUAUGCAUUUAGCAUCACAGACAAGCACGAUGCUUACAAGUACUUUGCUCAAAAGCCACUUUCAAGAAAGAGUCUAAAACUGAGAUAAGCAGUGUAACACCUUCAGGUGCUCUUUGCACAAUUGUGCACAUAAAGUUAAAAAGCGAAAGCAAUUUGAAAAUAAACAUCCCUUGUAUGUAUUUCAUUAAACUUGAAUCACUUCUGAUUGUAUUUAUUCUGCAGAUUUGAAUAAGUGUCGCACUUUCCAUUGUUUUUCAGGUAUGCCACUGACGAAGUCGGAAAGGCUCUUUCUUAACACACUAUAUGUUGCAUGGUGGACUUUUUCAUAUUGACUUGAUUCUAGAAGGUCCUUGACACUUCACUGAAUAGAGUCUGUUGAGGUGAUUUAAAUCAUGGUGUGUGCAUUCUUCCAACCCAACAUAGCUUAUUGAAUUGAGUAUUCUUAGUCUGUUCUGCUGCUGUGCGCAACG